AUGUCGAUCGUAGAACAUAUCGAACGUGAAAACGACUACAUUUGGCGCCUCUCUCGUGCCGUCGACAACCUGCGCCAGCUCGGCGAGGCAAAAAUCACUUACGGGCAGGUGAAGUCGCGGCUUAAUGCCUUAAAUUCAAGUUGGAAUAAGUUCCAAGAGAAUCACGAAAAGAUCAGCGAGAUCAAGUUCGCAGCAAAAGGUGAUCAACUCGACGCGAUCAAAAAGCUUUCUCACUUGGCGAAAGAUUAUUACGGGCUGUGUGAAGAGCACUUCUUGAGUGGCGAAGGAGUGAUGCUUCAUCUUCUCGAAUCGCUAAAGCCUGCGCCUGCAGCAACCGUGCAAGCCGCUGCAGCUCCUCAAGACGCACCAGCUGGAGGAUCAUCAAAACGGUUACCGCGUAUCGAACUGCCCACUUUCGCGGGCAGCUACUCAGAAUGGGAGCCGUUUUACGACCUCUUCUCGUCGAUGGUUCGCGAAAAUUCGCAAUUUUUGGAAGUGGAAAAACUGCACUACCUCAAAACCAGUGUGACCGAUGAACCGUUACAACUUAUCAAAAACAUUUCUCUCACCGCAGAAAACUUCCCUCAAGCCUGGGAAACUCUCGUCUCGCGGUACGAAAACAAGAGACUUUUGACGGAUUCUCAUCUCGCGACACUUUUCGCGAUUCCUCGUGUCACGAAAAAGUCGUCAUCAGAACUGAAGAGCUUGCACAGCAACACUUGCGAAGCUCUUGGCGCGCUCGAACUUCUCGAUAGUCCCGAGAAAUUAGGGACCACAUUAUCGUGCACAUGA